GAGACAUGGCCUAAAAUUGAUUUAUUAAAUUAUUGCGUGAAACUUAUCGACCCAAAAUAACAUUUUCGGGUUGUGGGAAUCACCCGAAAGCCACAGCAAUCGUUUCAUUGUUGUAUUAAAAUGAUCACCGUUUCUCGAAUCGUGCUUGUGGGCAUGUGGCCGUAAAUCUCAGUCUGUUGUCCAAAGGUGGACACCAGUGUCAUAUCGUGAUUUGUGUACAAUUUUUACCAAUUUUUUAAACUUUUUAUUGUGUGAAUGGAAACAAUCGUUUAGUUUUGUAAAAAUCGGGGCUUGGGGCCAAUAGUUUGAGGCCACGACUGUAUCUCGUUGGCAACCUCGUUGAUGGGCAAUAAAUCCCACACAAAGCCGCGUUUUUCGAAAAAAAUGAGCAUAGUUGGGUGUCAACACUUGCAGUCUUACAAGAAAACGAGCAAAAACAAGAACACUUUCAAGUGGAUCCACGCCGUGUUCGUGGUCAACUCCACCUCAAAGAGCCUCAAAACCAAGUUGUGCAACAGCCGCUGUCGCGUGUGCAAAAAGCGGGGCCCCUUCCUGCAUGCCUGCCUCGAGUGUGUCUUUUUCGGAUGCCACAAGCACAUCCGGGAGCAUGCCAAGAGCCAGAAACACUCCAUGUCCAUGGACCUGACCUACGGGCAGAUGCACUGCAACCAAUGCCAUGACUACAUCUACGAUUCCGAAAUCGACGCAAUUGCGAACGAUAAUAAAAUGAAGUCGAAGACUUGCAAGAAACGGCUGUUUGAGAUCGACACGUGGAAUCCUACGUCUGAUGAGAGGGAUUAUUUGAGGAGCAAGACGAAGAAGAUUUGUAUUACGCCCGAUUCGACGAUCGGGCUAAGGGGGCUGCUUAAUUUAGGUCAGACGUGCUUCAUGAAUUGUAUAGUGCAAGCACUGAUGCACACCCCCUUGUUGCGCGACUACUUCCUCACAGAGGAGCAUAACUGCAAGGGGAUGUCGGGACGGUGCCUCGUUUGCGAGGUCUCCAAGCUUUUCCAGGAGUUUUAUAACGGAACUCGCGUCCCUUUGGCCCUCCACGAGCUCUUGCAUUUAAUCUGGACGCAUGCCCGGCACUUAGCCGGCUAUGAGCAGCAAGACGCCCACGAAUUUUUCAUCGCGACUCUGGACGUGCUCCACCAGCACUGUCUCGAGACAAUGCCCGAUUUAAAGCCGGUGAAUGUGGGGAAAAACUCGCGAUGCCCCUGCAUUAUCGACCAGAUUUUUACCGGGGGGUUGCAAAGUGACGUUGUUUGUCAGAAAUGCAAUGGUGUUUCUACUACAAUUGAUCCAAUUUCGGACUUUUCGUUAGAUUUGGGUCCGGUCACGGUUGGCGGACGGCCACCUACCUCACUUGUCGAUUGUUUAGAGAGGUUCACAAGGGCCGAACAUUUAGGCGAAAAUUCGAAAAUCAUGUGUUCGAAUUGCCAAUCAAAGCAGGAAUCGACGAAACAAUUGACUAUGAAUACGCUUCCGAUUGUUAUCAGUUUUCAUUUAAAACGCUUUCAGCACAUGAACGAGGUAAAAACCCACACGAAAUCCAAACAAAAGUCACUCAUUUCGUCGCAGAUGGAGAAGAAAAUCUCUACUACGAUUUCGUUUCCUGAAAUGCUAGAUAUGACCCCGUUUAUGAGCAGGUCUAAGACAGACUCGCCUUUUCCCUCUGAUAACAGAUACUCGCUCUUUGCCGUCAUUAACCACAUUGGCAACUCCAUAAACGUGGGUCAUUACACCGCUUAUGUCAGACAGUUGCAAGACUAUUGGUACAAAUGCGACGAUCACGUCAUCACAAGAGCCACUCUCAAGGAGGUUCUAGACUCGGAAGGAUAUUUACUCUUUUACCACAAGCAUGUCCUAGAUUACGACUAAACGAUUUUACCUAAUUUAAACAUUUUAUUUAUUUUAUUGUGACAUCGAUUAAUUUAUCAAGUGCUAAAUGUAAUAAAUUUUACCUCAAUA